AUGGCGGCGCUGGACAGUGACACUGAUGAGGAUCUAGUCAGUUACGGGACAGGCCUGGAGCCACUGGAAGAAGGUGAAAGACCAAAGAAACCAAUUCCGCUUCAGGAUCAGACUGUCAGAGAUGAAAAAGGAAGGUAUAAACGAUUUCAUGGAGCCUUCAGUGGAGGUUUCUCUGCGGGAUAUUUCAAUACAGUUGGCUCAAAAGAAGGAUGGACACCAACUACCUUUGUAUCUUCACGACAAAACAGAGCCGACAAAUCUGUUCUUGGUCCUGAAGAUUUUAUGGAUGAAGAGGAUCUUAGUGAAUUUGGGAUCGCACCUAAAGCAAUUGUUACCACAGAUGAUUUUACUUCCAAAACCAAAGACAGAAUACGAGAGAAGGCCAGGCAGUUGGCAGCUGCUACCGCCCCUAUUCCUGGAGCUACUCUGCUUGAUGACUUCAUAGCACCAGCAAAAUUAUCUAUUGGUUUUGAAUUGCUGAGAAAAAUGGGUUGGAAGGAAGGACAAGGAGUUGGUCCCCGAGUGAAGAGAAGACCACGCCGACAAAAACCUGAUCCUGCCAUAAAAAUCUAUGGCUGUGCUUUACCCCCUGGAGCCUCUGAAGGAUCUGAGGAUGAAGAUGAUGACUACCUGCCUGAAAAUGUGACCUUUGCACCCAAAGAUGUCACACCUGUGGAUUUUACACCUAAAGAUAAUGUACAUGGGCUGGCUUACAAGGGCCUGGAUCCCAGCCAAGCACUGUUUGGAACUUCGGGAGAACAUUUUAAUCUUUUCAGCCCAGGAUCUGAGAGGGCCAGCAAUCUUCUUGGAGAUGUUGGACUAAAUAAAGGAAGAAAGUUGGGAAUUACAGGCCAGGCUUUUGGUGUAGGUGCCCUGGAAGAGGAAGAUGAUGAUAUAUACGCCACAGAAACUCUAGCCAAAUAUGACACCGUUUUAAAAGACGAGGAGCCUGGAGAUGGGCUUUAUGGCUGGACAGCACCCAAGCAGUAUAAAAGUCAGAAAGAACCAGAGAAAGAUCUUCGAUACAUUGGCAAAAUUUUGGAUGGAUUUUCCUUGGCUUCUAAAUCCUUAUCAUAUAAGAAAAUUUAUCCACCACCUGAGUUGCCAAGAGACUAUCGACCAGUGCAUUAUUUCCGACCCAUGGUUGCUGCAACUUCAGAAAACUCUCACUUACUUCAGGUAUUAUCAGAGUCAUCUGGAAAGGCAGUGCAUGAUCCAGGGACACAUAGUAGGCACCAGCUGAAUGCCUCCAGGCGAGGGGACUUGCUAGGAGAGACACCUAUUCAAGGUCCAACUCCUUCAGUUUUAGAAUUUCUAUCCCAAAAAGAUAAAGAGAGGAUCAAAGAAAUGAAGCAGGCAACUGACCUUAAAGCAGCUCAACUCAAAGCCAGGAGUCUGGCCCAGAAUGCCCCGAGUGGCAGACCCCAGCCCUCAUUUCCAGAUGUCGGACACAGCUCUUGGCAUAUGACGUUGGGUGGAGGGACACCCACCACAAGAGCCAGCAACUUCAAACCUUUCACAGAAGAUCCAGAAAAACAAAAACGAUAUGAAGCAUUCUUAGUAAAUAUGAAACAGGGUCACAAAGAUGCUCUGGAAAGAUGUCUGGAUCCUAAUAUGACUGAAUGGGAGCGAAGCCGUGAGCGGGAUGAGUUUGCUCGUGCAUCUGUGCUGUAUGUGUCUUCCCAUUCGACCUUGUCCUCCAGGUUCACUCAUGCCAAGGAGGAAGAUGAUUCGGAUCAAGUUGAAGUCCCUCGUGACCAAGAGAAUGAUGUCAGUGACAAGCAGUCGGCUGUGAAGAUGAAGAUGUUUGGGAAGCUCACCCGAGAUGUGUUUGAGUGGCACCCUGACAAGCUUCUGUGUAAGAGGUUUAAUGUCCCUGACCCUUAUCCAGAUUCAACUUUAGUUGGAUUACCAAGAGUGAAACGUGACAAAUACUCAGUUUUUAAUUUUCUGACACUCCCAGAGACAGCUUCCUUGCUGGCAACUAAAGCAUCAAGUGGAAAAGUACAACAGCACCAAGGUCCUGACAAAUUAAGAAAACCUUCUAGAUGGGAUACAUCUAAACAAGAAAAGAAAGAAGAUUCCAUUAGUGGAUUUUUAAGUUUGGCUAGAUCAAAAGUUGGUACAUCUAAACAACAGUCCAGUCCAUUAGUAAACACAGAGGAAGCACAUGUGAUGGGAUCAAUCUCAGAUAAGAUGCUAAACAAAGGUGCAGAUUCACAGACUGAGGGAGAAAGCAGCCACCCAUCCAUGGACUUGUUCAAGGCCAUCUUUGCCAGCUCCUCAGAUGAAAAUGUCUCAUCUUCUGAGGAUGAGCAAGGCGACAGUGAGGAUGAUCAGGGGGUUGUUGGGGAGGCUGACUUCAAGCAUUCCAAAGACGCUGCUUUGGUGGAAACAUCAUCAGUGGCACACACUAGCGAGCCAGCACCCCAGGCGCCUGCACCUUCCUUUCCAAUACAAAAGAUGCAUUUAGAUGAAAGAGAAGAGUUUGGCCCACGGCUGCCUCCUGUCUUCUGCCCCAAUGCUCGUCAGAAACUUGAAAUACCUCCAAAGGAGAAACAUAGAAAGAACAAAGAAAAACGCAAAACUAAGAAAGAGCACAGACGGAAGAAGGAUAAGAAGAAGAAACACAGGAAGCAUAAACACAAAGGCAAACAAAAGAAUAAAAAGUUGGAGAAAAGUAGUAGUUCUGAGAGUACCGAUAGCAGUAACAGCCAGAGUGAUGAAGAAGGGACCGCAGACAUGUCACCCGAGGAACUCCUGCGACGGCUGAAACGCCUUCCACUAAGGAGGCAGUAA